UCGUUGCAGCCGGUGACCUCACGCGUGCAAGCGAAGAUUGGAAGUUGCACAGCCUGUGCCUCUUGCAUUUAACGGAGGAUGAAGCGCAAAGCGAGCGGUUCGGCUCGAGGCACGCAGCCGACGGACAAAAGAUUUGCGAGAGAAAAGGACUUGACUUCCUCUACCUCGUACAAUCCUGCGAACGAAUCCCUUGAAGAGGACGAUGAAGGGUCAAACAGUGGCUUCGAAGACCUGGAAGCGGAGAAUGCUACAGAAACCGGUCUCUCGGGUGGAUCGUACGGGGAAGAAGAGGACGGCAGCGAGAUGGAGGGCGGCUUCGUCGAUCUAGAGGCCGAAGAAGAAGACAACGCGGAGGGUGACGAUGUCGUCGAAGGCGAGCAAGGGGAUUCGAUUGGAGCAAACGCAGAUGAUGCUGAGGCAGGAGCCACUACUAAUGCAACUGGCAAAUCAAAGCGUAUCUCGUCGCUGUACGCAAUCCCGACCAACGAAGAAAUGCAGGGACUUCGAGAAACAUCUGAGCUGUUCAAGAACAACGUGAUCAAAUUGCAGAUCGAGGAAUUGCUUCAAGAAGUACGACCCUCUUACGAAAGGGCUGGUGCUCUCGAGCUCGUCCUCCGACGGCUUCAUCUUCUGCUUUCUGGACUGCCCUCUAUUGAGCAACAGGCACUCCCUACAGCCAUCGAAGCGGCCCAGAAGCUCUUCAAAUCUUUCUCAUCGAUCUCAAUUCCAUUCGCAGACCCCGCACCACGUACUGACGGAAAAACGCAGCACAAAUUUGGCUUUGCACCUCCUGAAGGGCUCCAUUUGGUUGGCAGCUGGCCACUCAAGAGCGCCACAAAGCGUCCCGAAGGUAUGGACGUCGAUGUCGCUGUGAUCAUGCCUUCUCGUCUGUUUCAGGAGAAGGAUCACUUGAAUCUUCGAUAUGCGCACAAAAGGGCCUUCUUCCUUGCUGUUCUGGCCUCGGCCAUUCGAGACGCUUCACAGCCGUCGUCGACAAGAAAAGUGGAAAAAGCUGGGGAGUCGAGUGAGGCAGGGCUACCAAUAGGGCUGUCGUGGGAGCUUUUGGACGCAGAUCCGCGCCGACCCAUUCUGGUCCUCACUCCUACACACGGCAAAACAGAUGCAGACUUUAGCAAGCUCAAAGUUCGAAUCCGCAUCCAUCCUGCGUACGAUCCCGCAUCUAUUCCAUUCAACUUUUCACGACUCGCUCCAAGCCGCAAUUCGAUUCGUGUCAACGUAGCUGCCUCGUCUACAGACGCCAUGGAGGAUGUGGACGAUAUUGACCACCUGUCUGUCUCGUCUGCUACGGCCAUUUACAAUACAACGGUCCUAAUGGACGGCUUAGCACUUGCCCAUCUCGUGUAUCUGCACAAGACUGCGCAGGCUUGCCCAUCUUUCCAAGACGCCUGCUCGCUCCUCAAGACCUGGGCCUUUCAGCGCGGCUUUGGAUCGGGUGCAGGAAGGAGGCGCAAGGACACCAAAAAUGCAGCUCGUGAUUACCGGUAUAUGCUCGUUGGUAGUGGCAGUGCGCGGUUUAUCCUGACCAUGAUUCUCGCGCAUCUGCUGCAUGGCGAGGCGAAGAAGGGAACAACAACGGAGAGAGCCAAGUUAUCCAAUGGGCUGAGUAGCUAUCAACUCUUUCGUGGGGUCUUGGAUUGGCUCUCAAAGCAUGACUUUGCCGCUUCCCCGGUGGCGAUGAAGCAUAUCGAGGGCAUCCCGUCGAUGCAAGCGAAGAUUCCUGCCGAUGACUUCCGCAGGCAUUUCGAAUGCGUACUUGUUGAUCCGACCGGGUGCAUCAAUCUCCUCGCAUCCUUGCCGGUAGGGAACAUCAACAAGCUCCAGUAUGAAGCGAAGCGUACCUUGACUCUCAUGGACGAUGGUGAAGGAGACAACUUCGGCACCGUCUUCUUGUCAGACCUCUCUGCGCCUUAUUUCUCAUUCGACGAGGUGGUGCAAGUCGCGCACGGAGCAAUCCAGAAGCUUGCCCUAGUGGAAGGCGACGGGGCGAAAGUCUUGCAGGCGCUGGCCAGGGCCGACAUCGGCGGUCGUAGUGCAUCCGCAUGCAAAGAAAUGGUCUCAAACUUGAGGCGAGGCCUUGCGGAUCGUGCAAAUGUCGUAGCGGUGCUCGCAAAUGCUGACGAGGCUAGCGGCUUGGUCCGUCUGUCAGAAUUCGAAAAGGCGGUCGCUCCAAGCUCUCAAAACAUAAUCGGUAUCUCAUACAACAUCGAAAAUGCACUGCGCAUUGUAGACCAUGGACCUGCGCCCACUGACGCAGAGGUAGCUGCCUCCUACCGCAAGUUCUGGGGUGACGUGGCUGAGCUGCGCCGCUUCAAGGAUGGACGCGUAUUGGAGAGUAUCGUGUGGAAGUCCACUGCUGCCACGCGGCGAUGGACGGUGCCACGCCAAGUUGUUCAGCACGUGCUUGCGCGACAUCAUGGCAUUUCAUCAAAGGAUAUUGUCUUCUUCGGAGCCUCUUUCGACGGCUUGCUCGACGUGGAUCGCAAUCUCUCACUCAAAGCAUUCCUGUCUUCGCCACAGGAAAAAGGCUUUCAGCUUGUCCAAGCUGCUUUUGCCGAUUACUGCAGAGCUUUGCGAUCGACGGACAUGCCGCUCUCGCUCAGCAGCAUUGUUCCGACGAGCUCGGCGCUUCGAGGUAUGAGCACAUUUGUACCCGGUCCACUCAACGUCAACGGCUUGGGAACCAAAGUACCAGAUGUGGCAUCUUACCUCCCAGCUCAACAAGUGGUCCUGACAUUUGAGAGCUCAGGCCGCUGGCCGGAUGACCUGGCGGCUAUCCAACCCAUGAAGGCUGCUUUCUUCGAGCGCCUAGCCACCUCGAUAGCGGACAAGGUCCAGGGCUCGCUUGCUCGGGUCCUCUUUGAUGCCCAGGCGCCUGAUCUAGCCGAUUGCUGCGCUUUGGAGGUAAUCAUGCCAACCGGCUUUGCCUUUCAAGCAAGGAUCCAUCACGAUCGUGAGAGGGUGCUAUUGCGACGGAUCUUGGACGACAAGCUUGGCGAGACUCCGAAACGCAAGAAUCUCGCUCGGUCUGCCUUGGCGCUUCACGACAGACGUUUCACCCAUGCUUCUCGUCACCACAUCGCCAUGAACAUCCUUACCCACAAGUUUGCUGCGCUUUCAGAGACGGUACGGCUUGCAAAAAGAUGGGUCGCAGCGCAAAUGGUAGGCUCACACGUUCCAGAGGAGAGUGUCGAGCUGCUCUGUGCAAGUAUCUUCCUUAGCCUCGGUGACGCAGCUCCUGCUUCUGGACCAUCAGGGUAUGUCCUUUUCCUGCACAAACUCGCUUCUUGGGCUUGGCGCGAAGAGCCGGUGGCGGUCCCUCUGUUCACGGCAUCGCAAGCUCCGGAGGAAACCAAGUCAGCAGCCUUUCCAGAACAUAUCUCAAGGCAAGUCAGUCAAGCGUUCCAGCGCACAAGGAGCUCAGAUCCAAGUCUCUCGCAGCGUGCGUGGUUCAUUGCGACCGAGCAAGAUGUUCAGGGUAGCUGCUGGUCGGAGAGCCGCCCUUCAGUGAUGAUUGCAGACGCCCUGCGGCAGCUGGCACGAAGUAGCAUCGAAAUCCUCAAGACACCAGCUGCUAUUCCGGCGAUACGAGAAAAGAUCUUAUUCACGCCGCCUACCGCAACGUAUGACUUUCAGAUUCACCUCCAACCGCACCUACUGCCACGCUACAGCGAAUCUCUCGUGUACACCGAGGCAAAGUGGGAUCCGUCAGUGGCAUCGCAUGAAUAUCGCAACUUGUCUGCCGCUAAUCAGCGCUCCAGCAUCCUUGGCCAUGAGCCGAGGCCUGGCUUCGACAGUUUAACAGCCUUUGCACAAUUAUUGGAGCACCUCUACGGCGAUAGCUUCAAAGUUUUCUACGACCCGCACGGCGGUACGACCAUUGCGGGGCUUUGGAAUCCGGCGCUGAGCAACGAGCGGCCGCACAAGGUCGCGCUUGGCUUCUCCAGCGAGCCCGUUAUGAAGGCUGAUGCGCAGAAGGAAGCAAAGGCCAAGUCGAUUCGCAUCAACCAAGCGGCGAUCCUCGCAGAGGUUGAGCGUUUGGGUAAAGAUUUGAUUGUAAAGAUUGAGCGCAAGUAGAGGCACAUCCGCCAUGCAGUGGAUAGACAACUUGCAUGUGAAAGGAUGACUGUGACGGAGCUUGUUUUA